CAUUGGAAGCAUUCAUCAAAGCUUAAUCUAUGGCUGCAGUUUCCGGCAACAAACCUCAUGUAUUGGCGGUUCCACUCCCUGCCCAAGGCCACGUGAAGCCGCUGAUGAGCCUCUGCCGCCAAAUAGCCAAACACGGCAUUAAGGUCACCUUUGUUAACGCCCAAUCUAUACAUCACAAAAUAUUUUCUGCAUCUGCUGCUGAAGAAGAAGAUGAUAAUGAUUCCGACGCCAACAUAGUGAUGACGGCAGUCCCCGACGGGCUAUCGCCCGAGCACGAUCCGAACAACCCCUUUACCCUGUUUGAAACUCUUCCGAAGACGAUGCCGCAAACAUUGCCAGAAUUGAUUGAGAGGAUUAACGGUGACAAUCCAGACCAGAAAAUCAGCUGUGUGAUCGCUGAUCUUUCGUUUGGGUGGGUUUCGGAGAUAGCACAAAAAAUGGGAGCUGAAUUUGUGGGCUUUUCAACCCCUUCCUUUGCGUCCUUCGCCAUACUGCUUCACAUUCCAAACCUCAUUCAACAAGGAUAUCUUGACACAAACGGAUCACCGGAGAGAAGUGACAUGAUCAGGCUCUCCGACGAAAUAGCAGGCUGGAGAAACAAUGAGUUUCCAUGGAGCUUUCCCGGCGACCUCAAACAUCAAAAGAUUAUCUUCCACUGUGUCCAAUCAUACAAAGCUGCUGAUAAAGCAAACUGCUUGCUUUCCAAUACUUGCUAUGAACUCGAACCCGCAGCUUGCGACUUACACCCAAAUAUCCUCCCUGUCGGGCCGCUGCAUUUAGUCGAGGCGGCGAAGACGCCGGAGAAAUCUCGUUCCAAUUCCGGCAACUUUUACGCUCAAGAUACAUCCUGCUUGAUCUGGCUGGACACCAAACCCUCUGGCUCAGUGGUGUACGUUUCUUUCGGCAGCUUUGCAGUUUCCUAUGAACAACAACAGCUGGAUGAACUGGCCCUCGGGCUCGAGCUUUCGGGCCGGCCUUUUCUGUGGGUUGUCAAGCGGGACAUUGCGAACGGGCCGCAUGCCGAGUUCCCAGACGGGUUUCUGGAGAGGGUGGCCGGGUUUGGGAAGAUUGUUGAGUGGGCGCCGCAGGAUGAUGUUCUCUCUCAUCCUGCUGUUGCGUGUUUUGUGUCUCACUGUGGAUGGAACUCGACUCUCGAAGGCGUUAGCAAAGGGGUGUCGUAUCUUUGUUGGCCAUAUUUUUCGGAUCAAGUACAUAAUGAGAGCUAUAUUUGUGAUAAGUGGGAGAUUGGGUUGAGAAUCGAUUGUGAUGAAAAUGGGAUUAGAUCGAGAUAUGAAAUCAAGAAGAAGAUCGACAUGGUUUUAUCUGAGAGUAGGUUUAAAGAAAAUGCAUUGAAACUCAAGGAAACGUGUGCCAAGAGUGUUGCUGAAGGGGGUUCAUCUUAUAAGAAUUUGAUGACAUUUAUCGAUCAUCUUAAAGAAAGUGCAUAAUAUAAUAUUU